CGAGGCCUACUAUUUAAUAUUCCACCCCCCGAAGCCCGCUCAUUCUUCGACAAAUAGAUGGCUUGGGAAGAGGUGUUGCACCAGAUAGGAUUUGGCAAAUGGCAAAUUGUGGUGAUUACGUUCUUCAGUGUGGCCAUGUUUGGUCAGGGCAUCAUGUCAAUGAGCCAGACCUUCGUGCUGUACACGCCAGAUUUCCGAUGUCGGGUACCGAGUUGCGAUCCGGAGGGAGAUGCCACUUUCGAUGGACAAGACUUCACCGACUUCGCCAUUCCAUUCUGGAACAAGGAUGACUUGAGCGUGGACCAAGUCCAGCAGAAAAGGUGCGAAAGAUUUCCCAGGGUGGCGGAUAAUGGCACCACGUGCUUGGAGGACGAUUUCUAUCAUGAUGUCGCUCAAACAGAGAUUUGUCAAGCGCACGUGUUCGAUCAGGAGCAGUUUUGGAACUCGUUCAUCAUGGAAUACGACUUGGCGCCAUGUGCGUCACUGGACAACCAAUGGCCCUUCGAUCCCAUCAUUUCCAAGGCCAGCUUCCUCGGAAUGAGCUACAUGUUCGGCCAAUUGAUUGGAUCACUUUUGGGCGGCCUCGCCGGUGAUUACCUGGGUCGAUUGGUGUGCUUCGAGAUUGGUCUGAUCCUGACCGUGAUCUUUAACGCGUGUGUGCCCUUAGCUAAUGGGUUUUGGGUUUACUUCGUCCUCCGCCUGCUGAGCUCAGUGGCCACCAAAGCCUGCUACAUUUGUAGCUACACUUUGCUGGUGGAGAUAUCGGGAUCACAAAUCGGCCUGGUUGGGAUCUUGAUCAUGCUCCCUGGGCCCAUUGGACAAAUAUUUCUGUCCGCCUUAGCCUAUGCCGUUCAAGAUUGGAAGGCCAUCCAUUAUUGGAACUCUGCCUUUUUCGUCCUCGCCAUUCCAGCCUAUUUUUGGGUCCCAGAAUCUCCCCGGUGGCUAUUGAGCAAGGGUCGCGUGGAACGGACGAAAAAGACUUUUCUCAGGGGCGCCAGAAUGAACGGAAAGAUCUUAAAAGAAGAGGACCUCUACACCCUGGCACACACGGCGGACAAAGUGGAGAACCUGGGCUGUCUCUCACUGUUUGGCACAUUCACCUUGGUCAAGCACACACUGAUCAUCUAUUGGACGUGGAUCGUGUGUUCCAUGGUUUUCUAUGGCCUCUCCCUGAAUGCUGUUAACUUGGCAGGGAAUAUCUAUCUCAAUUUUGGCCUGAGCGCCUUCAUGGAGAUCCCAUCGUACAUCGCGAGUGUCCUCUUCGUGGAUAGAUUGGGACGAAAGACUCUCCUGUCAAUUUCGCUCCUCCUGGCUGGAAUCUCGUGUACUUGUGCUGGCUUUAUCGAUGUUCCAUGGCUCAUCACAACUCUAACCCUCUUGGGAAAGUUUGGAAGCUCGGCGGCAUUUGCAAUCGUCUACUUGUACACGGCUGAGCUAUAUCCGACAGCAAUGAGGAAUUCCGCCAUUGGAACCAGUUCCAUGAUGGCCCGAUUUGGAUCUCUUUGUGCCCCGAUCCUAGCUAAUCUCACCCCGUUAUCGUUGCCAAUGAGCAUAAUGGGCCUGGCCGCUAUUGUUGGAGGCUUGUUGGUCUUUCUCCUUCCCGAAACUCUGGGCCAGAACAUGCCCGAGAGUCUUUGUGACGUGGAAAGGCUCCAGCAUGGAGCCAAGCCGUGGUACCAAUGGAUUUCAAGAGGGGAUCUCGAGAAAAUGAAUCAAGCCAAGACUGAAAGCGCUUGAAAACAACGAUUUGCUCAAAAAUAACCGAGAUUCCCUUGUCAGGCUAGUGUUUGUGCCUACACCACAAUAGUACAAAACAGAGUCAGUAACGAUGGAUAUGACGAUCAAAAAACAAGACCCCUUUCCUCGACCAAGCGAAGGCGUCUUCAUUUCUUCCACCUUUCGCCCUUCACCCUGUCAGUUAUUUCGAGCUUGAGUGCACACUUAUUCUUCUGGUUCUUCUUCGGGUAAUUGCGAGUUAAUUGUGUGUCAUUGUCAGGAAUUAUCACUUCUCCCAGAGACACUCCGAAUCAAUUAACCCUAGUCAUUUGGAUUGUUUUUUUACGAGCAAAAAAUGGAAACAAUAAUUGCACUCGUGGCCGA